CACGAAAAGCGGACCGCGUCGCGCUUUAUGCUUGUGGUCCUUGGUUGGGAGUCCGUUUUUCGUGGGAACCUACCCACGAAAAGCGGACCGUGUUGCGCUUCAGGUUUAUAGUCGUCUUGAUGAAGAUGUUAGUGUUACAGCUUAGGUGUGAGGUAUUUGCUGGCGGUAGGCAUCGUCUCGAGUGAAGCGCAUGGCUUGGCCCGGCGUCCGUUUUUCGUGGGAACCUGUGAAAAGCGGACCGCGCUGCGCUUUAUGCUUGUGGUCGUCCUAAUGAAGAAGAAGAUGCUACCCGUACCCGCGAGGCGUGAGGUAUCUGCUCCUGCUGGUGGUGUCGUCUCUACUGAAGGGAGUGGCUUGGCCCGGCGUCCGCUUUUCGUGGGAGCCCAUGAGGCAAGGGCUGGGGGUCGUGUUGUUCGUUAAUUAUGCUCGUGGCUGUCGUGGAGAGCCUUUCUCCACUAGGUGCGAGGUAUCUCUAUCUAGCAUCUGCUGCUGCUGCUGCCGUCAGUUCUAGCGGAGGGGAGCGCUUGGCUGGGAGUCCGUUUCUCGUGGUAACCCACGAAAAGCGGACCGCGUCGCGCUUUAUCCUUGUGGUCCUUGGUUGGGAGUCCGUUUUUCGUGGAAACCCACGAAAAGCGUACCGUGUUGCCCUUUAUGUUUGUGGUCGUCUUGAUGAAGAUGCUACAGCUGAGGUGUGAGGUAUCUGCUGGUAGGCAUCGCCUCGAGUGAAGCGCACGGCUUGGCCCGGCGUCCGUUUUUCGUGGGAACCCGUGAAAAGCGGACCGCGCUACGCUUUAUGCUUGUGGUCGUCCUAGUCCUAAUGAACAGGAAGAAGAUGCUACCUGUGAGGCGUGGCGUGUCUGUUGGUGGUGUCGUCUCUAGUGAAGGGAGUGGCUUGGGCCGGCGUCCGCUUUUCGUGGGAACCCACGAGGAAAGGGCUGCGGGUCGUGUUGUUCGUUAUGCUCGUGGCUGUCGUGGAGAGCCUUUCGCCAUUAGGUGCGAGGUAUCUCUAUCUAGCAUCUGCUGCUGCUGCUGCCGUCAGCUCUAGCGGAGGGGAGCGCUUGGCUGGGAGUCCGUUUUUCGUGGGAACCCACGAAAAGCGGACCGUGUUGCGCUUUAUGUUUGUGGUCGUCU